GAGACCGGGGUAGGUUGCAAGGGGGCCCGCGCGAGUGGCGGACGCAGAACGCGUGGGUGUUCUUCUGCUGCUGGGCGGGAGCCGCCCGCCUCGCUGCUUUCCGCGCGCUCUGCACCGCGGCUCCUGGCGCCGGCUUGAGGGCGCCCUGGAGGCAGAGGGUCGACAGGGCUGGCCGGCCACCGGCCCGCGAAAUUGGCGGCCCGAGCCCAGAGCGCCUCCAGCAGCGGUCGCGGGGCCACUCUACGGGUGUGUCAUGACUGACUCUCCCCCCAGAGGGAACUCUUCCUCAGCGGCGGCUGCAGAGAGAAGGGCCUGUUAGACCGUGAGACGAGUUCGGGGCCGCCAAACAGGGGGCUCGGAGGUCGCGUGCUCCCUCCCGGGAUUGUUGCUGUAGCCCCGUGAGGCAGGCCUCUCCCGCCUCGCGCGGCGGCAUGUUCCCGCGGAGGUCGCCGGCCGUCCUGGCGGCCUGGCUGGCUGGCGCGGCGGCGGCGGGGGCGCGGGGCGGGGGCCUGCUCGCCCUGUUGGCCAAUCAGUGCCGCUUCGUGACGGGCCUGCGCGUGCGGCGCGCGCAGCAGAUCGCGCUGCUGUACGGCCGCCUGUACUCGGAGAGCUCGCGCCGCGUCCUUCUCGGCCGCCUGUGGCGCCGGCUUCGCGGCCGCCCUGGCCAUGCCUCGGCGGUGAUGGCGGCGCUCGCCGGCGUCUUCGUGUGGGACGAGGAGAGGAUCCAGGAGGAGGAGUUGCAGAGGUCCAUUGAUGAGAUGAAACGGUUGGAAGAAGUGUCACAUAUGUUUCAGAGUUCUGGAGUUGAACGCCACCCUCCAGAACCAAAAUCCCAAACUGAAGGGAAUGAAGAUUCAGAGACCAGAGAGCAACCGUGGGAAAUGGUGAUGGAGAAGAAACACUUUAAGCUGUGGCGGCGCCCUAUUACAGGCACCCCCCUUUACCAGUACAGAGUUUUUGGAACCUACACAGAUGUGACACCCCGGCAGUUCUUCAAUGUUCAGCUGGAUACAGAGUAUAGAAAAAAGUGGGAUGCCCUGGUAAUCAAGCUGGAAGUGAUUGAGAGGGACGUGGUUAGUGGUUCUGAGGUUCUUCACUGGGUGACCCAUUUUCCUUAUCCGAUGUACUCACGGGAUUAUGUUUAUGUUCGGCGGUAUAGUGUAGAUCCGGAGAACAACGUGAUGGUGUUGGUGUCACGUGCUGUGGAGCACCCUAGCGUACCAGAGUCUCCAGAAUUUGUAAGGGUCAGAUCAUACGAGUCCCAAAUGGUUAUCCGUCCCCACAAGUCAUUCGAUGAGAAUGGCUUUGACUACUUGCUGACAUACAGUGACAAUCCUCAGACUGUGUUUCCUCGUUACUGCAUUAGUUGGAUGGUUUCCAGUGGCAUGCCAGAUUUCUUGGAGAAGCUGCACAUGGCCACUCUGAAAGCCAAGAACAUGGAGAUCAAAGUAAAGGACUAUAUUUCGUCUAAGUCUCUGGAAACGGGUAGUGAAGCCAAGGCCACCACUCCGUCUUCCGAGAGGAAGAAUGAGGGGAGUUGUGGCCCUGCCCGGAUAGAGUAUGCUUGAAGGGCUUUGGGAUAAGAAGGGACAGGCUGCUCCUUGCCCUGUCUCUGUCCCUUAUCUGCUAUGGAACAGGGACAUGUAUUGGAAGGCGUCUAUAACCACCAGUGUGGGAUAAUUCAAUAACUGGUGUCCGAUUUCAUUCAGAGUUCUUAAUUGCUCUUAAUCAGAAGAGAAGAAGGAGGCAUCCAUGGGAACGUUGUCAUGCUCUCAGGCCAAGCAUUUUAAAAUUCAGUAUUUCACUGAGCUAAUCUGGAACAAACCUCUCACCUCAGGCAGAAGGGGACAGUUCGUUUUUACUUCUUCUGGGUAGUUUCCUCUGCCAACAUUCCACUGCCCACCGACGGUUCCGCAGUGCUGUGGAUUUCCUUUAGUUCUGAAGGCCGAACUGGAAAGUGCAGUUGGCUGGCUGAGCUUCAGUGAGGGGUCAUCAGGAGAUUGGGAGUGCUCUUGGCAACAGUCCUGGGGCUGAGGGCUGUGAACUGGUGCUUGGCAGUGUAAGUGCCUGUCCUCACCUUGCUUCUCUCUUUAGGGACUUAAAGUUUAUACCAAGAAACCUCUCCCUUCACUUCCCAAAUACCAUACCAUUGACUCACCCUAUCCAAAGCAGUUCCCUUUGAUUUGGCCAGUUCUGUAUUCGUGCACUGUAUUAUCUUGGAUCAUCACCUCCUUCCUUACCCCAUUACCAAGAACACUGGGAAAUGAAUCCUUUUAGAUAAUAGCCUCCUGUGUCAUCAGUGUUUUGAUAGGGUUAGUGGAGAUGCUCAAACAUCACUUUAGUUUUUUUUGUUUUUGUUUUUAUUUGUGUGUCAAAAAGUAGAAAUUGGGGAGUUGAAUAGGAUUUCUCCAUAGCCCCACUAUAGAGAAAACAUUUUGAUUCAGGCAUUACUUCCCAUACUUGAGGUUUGACUGGACGAAGAGGACUUUUCCACCUUGUAAGGCUAAAGGCAGAGGAGUGGGUUGGGUGCUCCCUCAGAGUGCUCGGAGCUGUAACAAGUUGUGUGAUUGAGUAGGCGUAAUCUCCCCCCACGUGCUAAUCUUAACAGGGAUGUGGUUUAUGUGACCCUCUUGUUCUCUGCAGAGUUCUUUUCCUCUUCAGAGCUAAAAUAAAAGCAAACUACUGUAGAGAGAAAGUCACGAUCAGAUGGUAAGUUUGGCUUUUCCAAUUGGCUUAUGGUCAUACUGCAAUUUGAUGGGAUAAUAGGGAUCAAAUUUUAAAUCCUCCCUUCCCCCUUUUCCUAGGAUUUAAACGGCCAGAUUUUUCCUUUUUUUCCUACUUGCUUCCCUUUUGUGUUGUUGAACCAAGGAUCUAAACCCGAGACUGUCAUGCCCCUUGACCUUCUUGUUGCCUGUUAACUUUUGUGCCAAGGAAAUAACUGCCCCGGUGUUUCAUGUCUUGCCGUCUCUGAGUUGUAGGCAGAGCAGAGAGCUGCACUGAGCAGUCCCAGCUUCUUUUCAUGGAUCAUUUCUCUCUCCUCAUCCCCAGGGCCUGACUGAAGCCAGGGAAGAGCCCCUGGGUUAUGUCUGCACCUAGCACUUGUGAUUAUUAGUGUGGGCAGGUACGGGCCAGUGUGUGUGAGUGCAGAGGUGUUAAGGACCUGAGCUGUGUGGUGCUCAUACUCUGAAUUUGGGCAGUUUGACUCUGUACUUGGGGUCAGUCUGUACAGUUACUUGUGUCAUUGUAAUGAUUUUACUCCUAACUCUGACGUUUUUAUCAAAUGUGUGAAUAAAUACAUAAAGGUUGGUACAGAAA